UCGAUUUUGCCGAUGUUCUGAAAACUGCCCCACCUCUAAAAGCUCGCAUCGCGGAAAAAUUCUGAAGGCGGAAAAGUACCUAGCAUAAGCUACGCGAUUGCCACUGGCGGAAGAAGAUUACGUCGGCGUCCUUGUCUACCUGUUUGCCAUUACAUAAGCGAGAGACCACUGCACGAUGGCCAACAAAGUGCUGCGAAAGGUGACGCACUGCAUCUUCGACAUGGACGGACUGCUGCUGGACACAGAGCGGAUAUACGAGGAGGUCACCCGGCAAAUAGCCGCCUCCUUCGGCCGUCCGUAUCCGGUGGACACGCGCUUCCGGGUCAUGGGCACCACGGACCAGCGCUCGGCGGAGAUAGCCGUCACCGAGUGCCAGCUGCCCAUCACGACGACAGACUUCCUCAAGCGCUACACGCAACUGUGCCACGAGCGGCUCCACAAUGUUCCCCUGCUGGAAGGAGCUGAGCGCCUGCUGCGUCAUCUGCACGCCAACAAGGUGCCCUUCUGCUUGGCCACCAGUUCCGGCGCCGACAUGGUCGAGCUGAAGACCAACGAGCACCGCGAGCUGUUCGGCCUGUUCAACCACAAGGUGUGCGGCUCCACGGACAAGGAGGUGGUCAACGGCAAGCCGGCACCGGACAUUUUCCUGGUCGCCGCCUCCAGGUUCGCUGUGCCGCCCCAACCCUCCGACUGCCUGGUCUUCGAGGACUCGCCGAAUGGCGUCACGGCGGGCAUUAGCGCCGGAAUGCAGGUGGUCAUGGUGCCGGAUCCGCGGCUGUCGCAGGAGAAGACCUCCCACGCCAGCCAGGUGCUGGGCUCCCUGGUGGAUUUCAAGCCGGAGCUGUUCGGCCUGCCCCCCUUCAAGGAUUGAGCUUAAGACACGACUCUAUAGCCUGGCGAUGCUGUUGCUCCAACUGGAGAUUGAUGUACCUACCAAGCAGACGAUUUUAAGUGUAAUGUGUUACUUAAUAUACGCGUAUUUGCGCAUAUACGUAUUUA